GCAGAACGAGGAACUCCGGUGGCAGGUGUGACGCCACUUCCGGGAUGUUGUCAGUCAGAAGUCGUCUCCGUCCAGCGCAGUGUUUGUGUCUCCACUUCGCCGCAUUGGGUUCGAGCAGCAGAAUGGUCCGGAGGCUUUGCGUGCGCGGUGCUCGCUCGCUUGUCCUGUAAUGCGGAGAGGAGGCCGCGCCGGGGAAGCGGUUGUGUCGCUGCUGCGGGGCUCUGUGUCGCGGGAGCGGGCUUAGCUCACUGCGCUAGCUCGGACAGGAUGAUCCGCUGGAUCCGACAGCAGCUGGGCUUCGACCCUCCCCAUCAGAGUGACACACGCACGGUUUACAUAGCAAACAAGUUCCCACAGCAUGGCCAUUAUAUUCCUCAGAGGUUUGCAGACAACAGGAUCAUUUCCUCCAAGUACACCAUAUGGAACUUCAUCCCUAAGAAUUUGUUUGAGCAGUUCAGAAGAAUCGCCAAUUUUUAUUUUCUCAUCAUCUUCUUGGUUCAGUUAAUGAUAGACACACCCACUUCCCCUAUAACUAGCGGACUUCCCCUGUUCUUUGUCAUCACAGUAACUGCCAUUAAACAGGGAUAUGAAGACUGGCUGAGGCACAAAGCUGAUAAUGAAGUGAACGGAGCGCCUGUAUUUGUCGUGCGCAGCGGCAGUCUGGUCCAGACCCGAUCUAAGAAUAUCCGAGUAGGUGAUAUUGUGAGAGUAGCCAAAGAUGAGACGUUUCCCGCAGAUCUGGUGCUUUUGUCAUCAGAUCGGGCCGAGGGGACGUGCCACAUCACCACUACCAGCCUGGACGGAGAGACUAACCUGAAGACGCACUAUUCGGUGCCAGAGACGGCGGUGUCUCAGUCGGUGUCGCGGCUGGAGUCUCUGCAGGCGGUGGUGGAGUGCCAGCAGCCCGAGGCAGACUUAUACAGGUUCGUCGGGAGAAUAACAGUAACCCAACAAGGAGAGGAGAUAGUCAGACCCUUAGGACCAGAGAACCUCCUGCUUCGAGGAGCAAGAUUAAAAAACACCAAAGAAAUCUUCGGUGUGGCCGUGUAUACAGGUAUGGAGUCCAAGAUGGCUCUGAACUACAAGUGCAAAUCCCAGAAGCGCUCUGCAGUGGAGAAAUCCAUGAAUACGUUUCUCAUCAUCUACUUGGGCAUUCUGCUGUUUGAAGCCAUCCUCAGCACUAUUUUGAAGUACGCCUGGCAGGCAGAGAACAAGUGGGACGAGCCGUUUUACAACCAGAAGACCGAUCAGGAGAGAAACAGCAGCCAGAUUUUGAAGUUUAUUUCCGACUUCCUGGCGUUCCUGGUGUUGUACAACUUUAUAAUCCCCAUCUCGCUGUACGUGACUGUUGAGAUGCAGAAGUUUCUGGGCUCUUUUUUCAUUGGCUGGGACUUGGAUCUGUACCAUGAAGAGAGCGACCAGAAGGCUCAAGUCAACACAUCAGACCUCAAUGAGGAGCUGGGCCAGGUGGAGUACGUUUUCACAGACAAAACAGGAACCCUCACUGAGAACGAGAUGCAGUUUAGGGAGUGUUCUAUCAACGGGAUCAAAUACCAGGAGAUCAACGGGAAGCUCAUCCCUGAAGGAAUGACAGAAGACUCUCCAGACGGAGCGGUGCCUUGUUUGAACAAGGAGGAGGAGUUGUUCCUGAAAGCCGUCUCACUGUGUCACACGGUGCAGAUCAGUUAUGAUCAAGUGGAUGGACCAGGAGACCCCUUCUCACACGCCAACGGCUUCUCGCCUCAGAUGGAGUAUUACGCCUCUUCUCCUGACGAGAAAGCACUAGUGGAAGCCACCAAGAGGAUGGGUGUCACGUUUAUAGGAAGCCAUGGAGAAAUCAUGGAGAUUAAAACGUUUGGAAAAGCAGAGAAGUACAAACUCCUCCACGUUCUGGAGUUUGACGCGGACCGCAGGAGAAUGAGUGUGAUUCUGCAGAAGCCCUCAGGUGAAAAGGUGCUGUUCACGAAAGGAGCCGAAUCAGCCGUUCUGCCCUACAGCACGAGCGGCGAGAUCGAUAAAACCAGAGUCCAUGUGGAUGAGUUUGCUCUGAAGGGUUUGAGGACGUUGGUGGUGGCCUGCAGACACUUCAGUGCAGAUGAGUAUCAGGAAGUGGACCGGCGGCUCCAUGAAGCCAGAACGGCUCUGCAGCAGAGAGAGGAACGACUGGUUGAGGUCUUCAACUUCAUCGAGAAAGACCUGGAGCUGCUGGGAGCGACUGGGGUGGAGGACAAGCUGCAGGACAAGGUCCAGGAGACGAUUGAAUCCCUGCGAUUGGCCGGGAUCAAGGUGUGGGUGUUGACCGGCGACAAGCAUGAGACGGCGGUCAGCGUGAGCCUCUCUUGUGGUCACUUCCAUCGCACCAUGAACAUCCUGGAGCUCGUAAAGCAGAAAUCAGACAGCGAGUGUGCCGAGCAGCUGCGCAGACUAGCCCGCAGGAUCAGAGAGGAUCAUGUGAUCCAGCACGGGCUGGUCGUGGACGGGGCCAGCCUUUCCCUGGCUCUGCGGGAACAUGAGAAACUCUUCAUGGAGGUGUGUAAGAACUGCUCGGCGGUGCUCUGCUGCAGGAUGGCACCUCUCCAGAAAGCCAAGGUGGUGAGACUGUUGAAGACUUCUCCUGAGAAGCCUAUUACAUUAGCCAUCGGAGAUGGAGCCAACGACGUCAGUAUGAUCCAAGAGGCUCACGUUGGUAUCGGAAUCAUGGGCAAAGAAGGAAGACAAGCCGUAAGAAACAGCGACUAUGCAAUCGCCAGGUUCAAGUUCCUUGCCAAAUUGCUGCUCGUGCACGGCCAUUUCUACUACAUUAGAAUAGCAACCCUUGUGCAGUACUUUUUCUACAAGAACGUGUGCUUUAUCACUCCCCAGUUUUUAUACCAGUUCUUCUGUUUGUUCUCACAACAAACCCUUUAUGACAGCGUGUAUCUGACGCUGUAUAAUAUCUGCUUCACCUCUCUGCCCAUACUGGUGUACAGUCUGUUUGAGCAGCUGGUGCAUCCACAUGUUCUGCAGAGCAAACCAGCACUUUACAGAGACAUCAGUAAAAACUCCCUGCUGUCCUUCAAAACCUUCUUGUACUGGACCUUCCUGGGCUUCUGCCACGCCUUCAUCUUCUUCUUCGGGUCCUACACCCUGAUGGGAGAAGACACCACGCUGAUGGGGAACGGACAGAUUUUGCGAGCUAACAGGCAACUGAUGUUUGGAAACUGGACGUUUGGCACUUUAGUAUUCACUGUGAUGGUUAUUACGGUCACGCUGAAGCUGGCCUUAGAGACACAUUUCUGGACGUGGAUGAACCACUUUGUCACAUGGGGCUCCAUCGCCUUCUACUUCAUCUUCUCCUUGUUUUAUGGCGGCAUCAUCUGGCCAUUUCUUCACACGCAGGACAUGUACUUCAUCUUUGUUCAGCUGCUGUCCAGUGGCUCGGCCUGGUUUGCCAUCUUCAUCAUCGUCAUCACCUGCCUGUUCCCUGAUGUCAUCAAGAAAGUCUUUUACAGGCACCUGCAGCCCACCAGCACGCAGAAAUCUCAGAUGGAAGCGGAUAAGGUUUCAGUCAGCUCAGAAUAUGACACUGCUGAAAUCGGGAGCAGAGGGGAGGACAAUCGGCCACUGAUCGCUGCUUUUCCUCCACCUCUGGUGCAGCCCCACCCCUCCCCUAGUUUAUUGAGGCCUACCAGGGCAUCGGAUGCGUGGACUCCAUGUGCUGUUUCUCAGAGGGGCAAAACGCCUGCUCACGACUGGGCCGGCUGGUGGAGCGAAUGAUGGGCCGCUGCGACCCCGCUCGGGCCACCAGGUGCGACCUCUCUCUCUCUAGCCUCUGCUGUAACCACCUCUCCUACAAGCUGGAGCACGACGAGCCCUCAGCCCUGGACGAGUGAGGGCCGCCAGUGCACUCAAAGCAUUCCCUAAUGAUUACAAUGUAGAAUUUAAGACUGAAACGGGUGCAUUCAUUUGCCUUUAAUGUAACAAAGAUUAGCUAGAAGUUCAAGCGAGCUUCAUCGCCUGGGAUGCUCCAAGUACGUACGUACAAGGAAGUGUAAAAAAAAAUGCCAUGAAGUUACUUUAAAUCAACCCUUCCAACCCAUUGUCUUUGUCUUUCAUCGUCUUCACCUUCUUUCGAAGUGCGUCCUUCUUUGCUGGUGUCGCUUAUUGUGUCUUUUCUCUGUGUGGCAGAUAAAUGUUCUCUGCUGAAGAUCUUGUGCAUCCGUAUGAGUCCAUAAUCGAUGAAGCUGUCUCGUCAUCCUCAUUCUCAGACAUCACACCCAGUUAUUAGCAAGGCAAAUGUUUGUAGCACCAAUUUAUGCAAGUAUAUGCUCGUCAAAUGUUGGACUAUAUGACUUGAUCCAUGGAACAUCCUGUCAUUACGUGUUCUGAGACAUUGCAUCUCUGUUCAAGUGUUUGAAUCUGCGUCGUAGUCUUUGCCUUGCGUGUGUACCUCUCUGUGGAGGGGUUUGUGAUGGCAUGCGAACGUAAUGCACUCCUAAGCCUCAGCUUUUCAUGUAAUCGUUUUGACUGUUGGUAUCCGCACUUUGGGAAGCAUGGCGCUUCCAAAACUACUCUGCAGUGUUGAGAUGAGUACACGGAGACCUGGUCUCGCUAAAUAUAAGAUUCCUGUUCCAGUUUAACGGCUAGAACACUGCCAUUGAAGCGCAGGGUACUAGAGAAGACCUCUGCUUUGGCUGGCCAACGGUAGCCACGGUCAACAGCUACCGCUGCUGUGAUCGGCUCAUUUAUCGAAAAGAAAAAUGCAACAGGGGGCCACAUUGUGAUUGAGUGAGACACUGCUAACUGUAGUCUCCAAGAGGAUUCUUGAUUGUUUUCAUUCAUAUUUUUUGGUUACGUUAAACUUGAAGCCUUAUGGAAGUCAAAUCAGUCUGUCUAAUUGCAUGACGGCAACGUUUCAUAUUCAAUAUGUUAAGUGGUGGGCGAAUCCCAGAGAGUGUGUGCGUCCUCCCAGAGUAUAACUUAGCAACUUACUCCGCUUUUUCACUGUUUGUUUACUGUUUUUCUGUCUCCGUCUUUACGGUCUCAAAUGAAGCAUCUAAACGAUUAUAUGUUGUUGCAUUUAAAAAUGAUCUGUACUGUUUUUCUUCAAUAUGUCUUCAGAUCAGUGGUUCUCAGCUGGUGGGUCAUGAGCCAAAAAUAAAUCACAUGUUGCUACAUUUACAUUUUAAAAAAGAAGGUCAAAAGAUCCUCAUCUCAUAUUGGAGCCGAUUUCUGCCUGCAUGGUUGGAAGAUGAUCUUAGCCAAUUUUGGUGAAAAUCAGACCAACAGUUUAGGUGGAAUUAGAAAAAGUAGAGUUUCAAAGAAACUACAAGUUCGACCGGAUAUGGCAUAAUUGUUAUUGAUGGGAUGAUCCAAGGUAUCUAUCAAGACCAUUUUCAUUAAAAUAUGCUGAAUUAAUUAAAAGUUAUUAGCAUUUUUUUUUCAAUAUUCAUUUUGACCAGAAGGUGGCACUGUUCUGAUACUUUUUGAGUACCUUCAGAGUAUGAUCCCGAUGACACAUACCUAGUUUUGUGACGAUACGCUAAUGCGUUCGUGAAAAAUGCAGCAUUUUAUGAUUAAAUUCAAAAUAGCCAAUAUGGGAAUAUUGGGUAUCAUUCUGUUCAGCAUGCUGCACAGAAUCAGAAGAAACCAGUUUUGGACAAACUCUUCAGAAAUUAUAAGCAAAAAUACCCAUUUUUCAUAUCUCCUGACCAGUAGGUGGUGUUGUGCCAAAACAAUACAUGUAGCCUCGGGUGAUGCUUAUGAUGACAUGUACCAAUUUUGGUUUGAAUAUGCUAAAACAUUGCAUACUUAUAGCCUCAUGUACAAUUUGGCAUGAUCUUUGUCAAACUUGUGCGCACGUUAUUAGAGAACCCUUUGUUUUAUCAAAAAGCUAUUAAUUACUUUUUGCCAGCAUGGUCUGAAGAUUAUCUAAGCCAAUUUCAGUAGUAAUUGUUUUAUGUAAGUAUUUUUUUUUUUUUUUUUUUUUUUUUU